UUCACUGUUUUGAUGAACAAAAUGUCUUUAAGAAAAGAAAAAAUACUGGUUCCAGGUGGAUUUUUACCCGUCAUUCCAAGCGACACGUUAAAAUCCAGGAAGUUGAGAACACGUACAAAAUGUCGGCGGCCAGUGAGGGGUCGGAAACACGACAAAAACAGGCGAAUGUGUGUUGUCUUGUUUGUCAGAAAAGAGGGAAAAUUUUAAAGAGAUGUACUAAAUGUCAUGACGCAUUUUAUUGUUCACGGGAAUGUCAAAUUCAAGACUGGCCUUCACAUAGAAGUAGCUGCAAACCAUUGAAGACGAGUACGGAUACCGAAAAAGAUGCAGUAAAGACAAAUAAGACAGAAAGCAAUAACUGUGCUGCAUCACAAAAAUCACCGAAAAUCAUACAACGAACAAAGUUAACUGAUAGUGAAAGACAAAAUAAUGUUGACGAAGUGCCAAAUGAUCUUCGACACAGUGAUUUGAAAUGCAUUUGGACUGAUUGCAAAGACGGAAAUAUGCCGACUGUGAAUAAUUCUUCUGGCCUACUGACUGAAGGGAGUUUGGAUCUAGCAUCAAUAGAAGAGCAAGUUGAUCAGUCGCAUACAAUAACAAUUAAACACAUGAAACUGAAACACAAGGUUAAAAUAACAGAGAGUUGGAAUAGCGAAAAAAUGUUUUGCCAUGUCUGCGAUUUUCUUCGUAUACCUGUGGAUAAAAUAAAACUGGUGCACAAAGGUAAGCUGAUGAAGAAGGAAAAUUUAAAAGAGUUUGUCAGAGAACGAGCAGUUUUCCAAGCGUUCGGAGAAGUUGCAGAGAAUGAGGAUGAUCUCCUCACAGGAGAUGUUGACCUAAUCUGCAAACAAUUGUCGUGUGAGCGAAAUGCUGCAAUCCGUGCUCUGCGAAAGACUGGGAAUGUUGUUGAUGCUAUAUUCUAUAUUGCGAAUGCAUGACCCCAUUUUGAACAGUGAUCAAAGUAAACUUUUUUCUGAAAGUUUGAAUCUGACCUGUCGACAAUUUAAGGUAUUACCAGAAUCUCGAUUUGCUCCAAAAUUAAAGGUGCAAUAUGGAGAAGAACAAUUAAUUUUUAUUGUUUGAUAGUAUAUUAA